UGCACCUUUGAUCAAUAGAUUUUAGACAAAAGUGGUUUUUGAGUCCAAAGAUCAGGGCUGGGUUGACCUGCAGACUGGAUACAGGGUGUAUAAAACAGGGGCAAGGCGCAGGCUGAUAGCAGAGCAAUCACCACCAAGCCUGAAACAACACAAGGGCUCAGUCUACGGCUUCCAGAGGUGCCAAGGGAAUGAGGAUGGAGGAAGGAAUGAAUGCUCUCCAUGAUUUUGGGAUCCAGUCAACGCGCUACCUUCAGGUGAAUUACAAGGACUCCCAGGACUGGUUCAUCUUGGUGACCAUCAUCGCAGACCUCAGGAAUGCCUUCUACAUCCUCUUUCCCAUCUGGUUCCAUCUUCGAGAAACUGUGGGCAUCAAACUUCUCUGGGUAGCUGUGAUUGGAGACUGGCUCAACCUCGUCUUUAAAUGGAUUCUCUUUGGACAGCGCCCAUACUGGUGGGUUCUAGACACCGACUACUACAGCAACACCUCCGUGCCGCUGAUAAAGCAGUUUCCGGUCACCUGUGAGACCGGGCCAGGGAGUCCUUCCGGCCAUGCCAUGGGUACAGCAGGAGUGUACUAUGUGAUGGUCACUUCCACCCUCUCUAUCUUUCGGGGGAAAAAGAAGCCAACCUACAGAUUUCGGUGCUUGAAUGUCAUUUUGUGGUUGGGAUUCUGGGCCGUGCAGCUGAACGUCUGUCUGUCCCGAAUCUACCUGGCUGCCCAUUUUCCCCAUCAGGUUGUUGCUGGAGUCCUGUCAGGCAUUGCUGUUGCUGAAACUUUCCGGCACAUUCAGAGCAUCUACAAUGCCAGUCUCAAGAAAUAUUUUCUCAUUACCUUCUUCCUGUUCAGCUUCGCUAUUGGAUUUUACCUGCUUCUAAAAGAGCUGGGUGUAGACCUCCUGUGGACUCUGGAGAAAGCCAAGAGGUGGUGUGAGCGGCCAGAAUGGGUCCACAUUGACACCACACCCUUUGCCAGCCUCCUCAAGAACCUGGGGACCCUCUUUGGCCUGGGGCUGGCUCUCAACUCCAGUAUGUACAGGGAGAGCUGCAAGGGCAAGCUCAGCAAGUGGCUCCCCUUCCGCCUCAGCUGCAUCGUGGCUUCCCUCAUCCUCCUCCAUCUCUUUGACUCCUUGAGACCUCCAUCCCAAAUCGAGCUGAUCUUCUAUGCCCUGUCUUUCUGCAAGAGCGCAGCCGUGCCCCUGGCAUCCGUCAGUCUCAUCCCCUACUGCCUCGCCCGGUUCCUGGGCCAGCCAGACAAGAAGUCUCUGUAAGGAUGUGGAGUCUUCAGUGUUUAAAGUAAAUGACUUGUGGCAGGGAUUGAGAGGGCUCAGCCCAUUUUGAGGCUGCAAAUGCUAGAGAGUCACCUCAGGAGAUCUACUUCUUUUGCAAUUCUAAUUCUGUUAGGUGAUGUUUUUUGAAAAGCUAGGGAGACUAUUUGAGAAUGCCUGGCUGUUAGAAUUUAGGUCAAUUCUGGAUUUUUCCCUGAAGACUUACUUGUUCGUCUUCUGUCAGAUAUAUAAAAGCAUGAUUUCCAGCUCGCAAUCUCAGACUGAGGAUCCCAACUGAAAAUUUUCUACCCGUACUCCUCCUGACCAAGAAAAGGAGAAAAGAGCUGUGGAUUUGAUAGGGAAAGAAGGAGGGAUUAAGGAGGAUUUUUAAGUAUCUUGCAUAUCAUGCAGAUUAUAUGCCAAGCAACAUCUAAAUGGUUUCAAUUUACAUUUGAAUUUUUAGGUAAGGCACUCUCAAUAAUGGAGAAACAACUUAAAGUGUAACUAAUAGGUGGUCAAUGGGGGCAAUUCUGCUUCUUACUCUUAUUUUUCUAUUAUACGUGCAUGGUCAUUGUAUUUGCCUGGGUUUCUAAAUGGCAGCAGUGACUUAGAUAUUGUACUAGGUCAGAACCUUCAGACAUAGGUGGCUUCUCCUCUACCACACCAGACCUCCCUUCUUAGCCUCUCUGCUUUCCCCCCAAAUUUCCCCUGGCUCCACACCCACUCUGCUGGAUCCUCUCAUUCCUAAAGGACAACUCAGAGAUGGUGCUUUUGAAUGUCUCAUUCAAGCUUUGAUAUCUUGGGCAAAAUGGCAAGGUCAGGAAACAGGAUUCCUUUCUCCAGAAGGUCACUCCAAUGUUACUUUUGAUUCCUGGCGGUUAAAUACGACUCCUUUCUAUGUAUCAAGCCAACCAAGAACACAUUUUAGAGGAAAGCCAACUCCUUGCUAUUCUUCAAUCGCAGCUGAUUUGCAGAAUAUGUCCUCAAAAAAAAAAAAAAGGUUGAAGCCUAUUUAUUUGAUAGUCCUUGUUUUUGCUACUAAUUACACAAUGUACUAUAAAUUAUAAUUCAU